GAUCGAGGCCAACUUUGAUAUAGACAACGCUCGUCUUUGCCUAAAAUGGUUGCAGCAGAUCUCUGGGGAAACCCCCAACAUCGAAUUGUCAGAUGAUAGACGUAAAGCGAUUGAUACAGCAUACGGUGCCCUUAAAGAUGGCAUGUAUCUUAUCAGAGCCGUGAACCUCGCUCUCCCACCUGAAGAAAGAUUAGACUUGAGCAAACGGACAUUUCAGCCAACAGACAGCGAGACAUUUCGUACGGCACGUGAGCGAGAACGAAUUGAGAUCUUCCUGGACAAAUGCCUGGAUGUCGGCUUGCUCGACACUAUGAUCUUCCAGAUCGAUUGUCUAUAUGAGAGGACAAACCUAUCGCAAGUGAUGUCAACUAUACGAACUCUUGGCAUUGAGGCACAGACGAAACCUUGGUACAACGCGCCAAUGGCGUUUCCGACUAAAUCCUCUGAAAUUAUCGAGAAACACGCCAUGAGGCCAGUGAAAAGCAAGAAACCUCCUGGACUCGGCAUUGGUAUAGAGUUUAACAAAGCAAAAUGCAAGGAGCCACGAGUACAACAGCAUCCGGUGCAGGAUUAUAGCGACUACUCACACUACGAAUGAAAUCACCAUAUUUCUAGCUCACUUCUGUUCCCUUGAAAUACUCAGCUACUGCCUCCAUUGUUGUGCCUAUAAAAUAUCGCCACGAUCGCCUUCACAAUUAAAUGAACAA